UUGAUUUCUUUUCCAAACAGAGAAAUGACUGAAGAACUUAAAAACACAAGGGCUGCUCUAAAACACAAAGAGGAAGAACUUCAAUCUUUCAAAGACAGAGUGGCUGCAGACAUUACUCCCUCUAUAAAAACUGGAGAUCGGAUGAUGAGUCUGAACAGCCCAGUCAGUAAGAGUCGAUUAACUGAGAUGUAUGAAACUCUGCGAUGUGAUUGGCUGGACAUUAAAGUUAACCUGAAAUCUAAUGGCAAGAAACCAGACGCUGUCAGAAAGCUGAUUAAGGAAUCAUUUUUGAAAGCUAAAACUCAGAUGGAGGAGAAGAAGGCGAUGAUCUCCAAAGUUUUUGACCUGGAUAAAUCCAAACAUGGAACCGAACACCCAAAGAUUAAAGAGUUCAUGCUGCUAACUGUUCAGAACCUGCAGAUGGCGCUCUACUAUCAGAAACAUGGCCCCACCCUGCAGGAAGUGAAGGAGCCCAAGGAGAUGAUGGAUGGUUUGGGCUCCCGGUGCUACUGGCUGGGCUGCCUGAUGGCGCUGAGCGACCCCCCCAUUCAGCCGGACUGGGACCACCAUCCUCCUUCAAUGGAUAAAUGGGACAUUCUGCCCAGAAAUGUUGUAGCAAGUGAAAAAUCCUCCAGCAACAAAACCACAUCCUGUGUUGUUUAGGGAAUAUAAUCAGUUUUAUGCGUUUUAUUUUAUGUUCAGCCUCAUUAAAGGAAAAGUUCAGUCAGCA